AGCUCUGGACUCUGCUCCACACCUCCUCUGGUUGGAGACCUGGAGGCUGCUCGUGUCCCUCCGUCUGUCUCAGUGUCCUUACCUCCACCCUGCUCAGCGUCCUUCCUCGGGGGGGAGAGUCCGAGGAUUUCUAGCAGGAGGAGAAUGAGCAGAAGUCUUUCAUAGCUCAGUAUCUUUAUCCUUCAGAAAAAGAGACGGUGGAGAAGUUCUGCUUCAUCUCUGGGAACCGUCUGAGCUCGGCCUGAAGAUGAGGAGGCAUCGCCUGCUCCCCCUGUGCGUCCUUCUGGGGCUCCUGUUUGCAGCUUUCCCCGUUAAGCUCCACGCUCAGGACGCACCAGAUUCAGCUGACCUAAUAUUCUUAAUUGAUGGAUCACAGAACGUUGGAGCAGCUAACUUCCUCUAUGUGCGCGAAUGGCUUCUGAGAGUCAUUGAGCGCCUCUCUGUGGGCAGUGACAGCAUUAGGGUGGGUUUGGUCCAGUACGACAAUGACCCCAAAAUCCAAUUCUAUCUGAAUAGCUUUUAUGAGAAAUCCUCAGUCCUGGAAGAGGUGAAAGGACUGACCUUCUCCGGUGGCUAUGAAUCCAACCUGGGUGCUGCCCUGGUGGACGUGGCUCAGAGGCUGUUUGAGAAAGCGGCCGGAGGCAGGGCAGAGGAGGGCGUACCCCGUAUUUUGGUGAUCGUCAGUGCCGGAGAACCCAGUGAUGACGUUAGUGUCAGUCUACAGGCCCUCACAAGCGCCCAGGUGUUCACAUUAGGGGUGUCGAUUGGUCCAUCCGAUGCUGCAUAUCUGGAAGAGGUGGCCAUAGAUCAAGCUUUUGUUCUAAAAGCAGACAAUGUCAGAACAUUGUCAGCCACCGUCGAUCAGCUUGUCAGCUUCAUUACCGGCUUCGCCACAGGCGCCCUUGAAAUUAAGACGGAGUUCUCCGAAGUGGUACCAGUUGGAAAGCGAGACAUUGUUUUCCUGGUCGACAGCACAAUGGGAACAGCUGUCAUCAACACUGUACGCGAAUACAUCAGGCGGUUCGUCAGCGCCAGGGAAAUCGGUCCAGAUGCCGUCCAAGUUGGUAUUGCCCAGUUCACGACGGACACGAGGCUGUUGAUGGACCUCAACAGCCACGCAGAUAAGGCUUCUUUGCUGGCUGGUUUGUCUGGCGUCAAGCCGAGACAGGGACAGAAAAUCAACAUUGGAUCCGCCUUGAACUUUGUGCGAGAGGAAAUGUUGAGACCUGAAAAGGGAAGCCGCAUCGAGCAGGGCGUUCCUCAGCUGGUGCUGCUGAUAGUCAGUAAAAGCUCAGAUGACGACCUGGAGGGACCAAGUCAGGCUCUGAAGGCCAUGGGCGUUCUGACUCUGGCUGCAGGAUCCAAGGCUGCUAACCAGCAGGAGCUCAAUCAGAUCGCCUUGUCUGAAGCAAUGGUGUUCAUGGCAAAAGAUUUUAGACAACUGUUUCGCAACGCCCGGGAAAUAACCGACGCGCUCCUCACCCUGUCUGGGGUGGUGGUGGUCCCCAAUCUAGACGAGGAGAUCAUCGUGGAGAGGCCUAGAGUUGUACGUGACAUUGUGUUCCUUGUGGAUGGAUCAAACUAUGUCGGCCGAAAUAACCUGCCCUUCAUAAGAGACUUCAUGAUCAACGUGGUCAACCAGCUGGAAAUAAGCCCUGAUCAGGUCCAAAUCGGCCUCAUGCAGUUUGCAGAGCAGCCAAGGGUUGAAUUUUACCUGAACACCUACAACAACAAGAGGGAUGUUGUGGCCAAAAUCUCCGGACUGAGGCUUACUGGAGGCUCGGUCCUGAACACAGGAGCUGCAAUGAAUUACGCUUUGCAGAACAUGUUUCAGCCAUCAGCUGGGUUACGCAAGAAAGCUGUGCAAGUGUUGGUUCUCAUCACAGGUGGUCCACCCCAGGAUAACGCAUUAAGUGAGGCAGAUAGAUUGGCUUUGGCAAAUAUUGUGACUUUCACUGUCAGUUCUGGGCAAGCAGACGAAGAUGUAAUGAGAAAAAUUGCAUUCGUUACAAAUCUGGCUUAUCACCAACAAAGCUUCUCGGAAUUUCCAGCCUUGGCCGAAAUCAUCAUGCCAAGUCUAAUAACGGUGGUUGGUGCUACGGAAGUCGACGAUCAAGACUCUAAAAGAGAUGUUGCUUUCCUGAUUGAUGGCACUGACGGUGUUCGAGGAGAUUUUGGCUACAUCCGCGAUUUUAUCCUUCGGGUCAUUGAGCCACUUGACAUUGGCAUUGACAAAGUACGCAUCUCAGUGGUUCAACACAGUGAGAGACCCUAUCCAGUCUUCAACCUCAACACCUACCAGACUAAGGAAGAGGUGAUCAGGGCGGUUAGGGGAAUGACCCUCGCUGGUGGACGCAGCUUGAAUACGGGAGCCGCUCUGAGAUACAUGAAGACCACCACAUUGUCUGACAGCAAUGGCAGCCGGAGUUCUGAAAGUGUCCCUCAGUUCCUCAUUGUUUUGGCUGCAGACAGAUCCAUGGAUAGCGUAAAAGAACCUGCGGGUGAUCUGAAGACGGAUGGAGUUGUACCACUUGGAGUUGGUGUCAAGAAUGCUGACAAGAGGCAGAUCGUAGAUAUUUCCCACAACCCUGCCUUGGCCUUCAAUGUGAAGGAAUUCACUGAACUUGAAACGAUACCACCGAAGAUCAACUCCUACAUCGGUUUGUCCGCGGACCAGCUUGCACUAGCCCUGCAAGUGGUGAGGCAGCAUACAGGAAGAGAUGUGGUGUUCUUGCUGGAUGGAUCUGACGGCACAAGAUCUGGCUUCCCAGCUAUGCGAGAUUUUGUCCAAAGAGUAGUAGAAACUCUUAGUGUGGAUGACAACAAAGACCGUGUGUCAGUGGUUCAGUACAGCAGGGAUCAAGCUGUCCACUUCUAUUUGAACACCUACAUGACUAAAGGCCAGAUCCUUGAUGCCGUCAGGGGUUUGAGGCACAAAGGUGGAAGACCCCUUAACACUGGAGCAGCUCUCCAGUACUUGCGGGAUAACGUCUUCACUGCCUCUGCAGGAAGCAGGCAGUCGGAGGGAGUUCCUCAGGUCCUUAUAUUUCUAAGUGGUGGACGAUCUUCAGACAGUGUCGACGCACCAGUGGCUGCUCUCAAACAGAUGGGCGUCUUGAUCUUUGCAAUUGGAAGCAGACGCUCUAAUAGCAGAGAAUUAGAAAAAGUAUCCUACGCUCCCAACUAUACUUUUUAUGUGUCCGAGUUUACUGACCUUCCCAGUGUCCAACAAGAACUUCAGACCUCUGUGGAAUCCAUGGUUUUUGUCGCUACUCUUGAAUCACCAACUGUACAUGGCCCUCGGAGAGACAUUGUUUUUCUUGUUGAUGGAUCCGAUAGUGUUGGACGAGAAUUCGCCAUCAUCCAAGAGUUCAUCCGUAGGUUGGUGGAGAGCCUUGAUGUGGGAGAAAACAAAGUCCGAAUUGGUGUGGUCCAGUAUGGUGACUCUUCCCAGGCUGACAUGUAUCUCAAUACAUACAACACAAAAGAAGGUGUACUGAACGGCAUCAGGGAAAUGAGACAGCUUGGAGGAAGACAGCGUAACCUGGGCCAAGCCCUGAAGUUUCUCAGGAACAGUGUUAUGAUACCAGCACAAGGAAGCAGGAAGCAAGAAGGUGUACCACAGUUUGCCGUUGUUGUGUCCAGCAGGCCUUCAACAGAUAAUGUCAGGCUUGAAGCCAAUUCUCUCAAAACAUCUGGAGUUAUCCCGUUAAGCAUUGGUACCAGGGAGAUCGACCCCACAGAGCUACGUAUGGUGUCAUACAUCCCAAGAUAUUCUUUCACUGUUGAUGACCUCCCUGGCCUGUACACAGCUGAAGAAAGCGUCCGUGAAACACUAACAACAUUAUCAGAUGAAGAGAUUGCAGCAUUGAGGCCUGAAAUCCCAACUGAAGUAGUGCCACCACCACCACCACCAUCACCACGGGGAGACGGGGAUAAAAGAGACGUUGUAUUUCUCAUCGAUGGUAGUAUCGCAACACGUAGUGAAUUUCCAUCCGUUCGUGAAAUGAUAAGAAGAGUCGUGAGCCAGCUGGAUGUAGGACUUGAUAGGGUCAGAGUUUCAGUGGUGCAGUACAGCGAUGAUACGAAACUAGAAUUCCUUCUUAAUGAGUACUCCACCAAAAGGGAAGUGGACCAGGCUGUGUCAAAGCUCAGAAGCAUGGCUGGAAGUCGUCUGAACACGGGGCGUGCCCUUGAGUGGGUUGCCAGGAACAUCUACCAGAGAUCUGCUGGAAGUCGUGUUGAGGAAGGUGUGCCUCAGUUCCUUAUUCUGGUUACAGGCGGGAAGUCUUCAGAUGACGUAUCCACACAUGCUAACCAGCUUAAGAGAAAUCUGGUUGCACCUGUUGCCAUUGGUUCAAGAAAUGCAGAUUUAGAUGAGCUGCGACAGAUUUCCCUAAGGCCAGAGCUUGUGUACUCUGUUGACAGUUUCCAACAACUACCAAGAGUGGAACCCCAGCUCAUUAAUUCUGUCCGAACAAUAACCACCACUGACAUCACAAGAGGUGUUCCAGUACAAGAAGAGCUACUGGAUAUUGGGAAGAAGGAUAUCAUUUUCCUUGUUGAUGGUUCAGACAGCACAGGUCCUGAUGGCAUUGCCUAUAUUCGGGACUUUAUCAUCAGCAUUGUCCAACAACUUGAUGUGCAGCCUGAAAAAGUUCGCAUUGCUGUUGUCCAGUAUUCAGACAGAACCCAAACAGAGUUCUCACUUCGGACACACAGCAGCAAGCAAGAUGUGUUGUCUGCUAUCAAACGCCUUCGUCAGCUUGGUGGACGUUCCUCAAACCUGGCCAGUGCCAUUGAUUAUGUCUUGGAGAGGGAAGUAAAACCAUCAGCUGGCGUUCGUCUAUCAGAGGCCUCCCAGCAUCUUGUGGUUCUCACAGGUGAAAAGUCCAGCCAGUCAGUUUCUCUCUUUGGACCUCUGUUGAAGAAAAGACGAGUGAACUGCAUUGGAGUUGGGACUAUGAAUGCUGACAGAAGUCAACUUGGUGAAAUCGCCUCAUCUUCAGAAGAUGUUGUUACUGUACUGUCAUUCCCAAAUUUGCCAACUGCAAAAACAAAGGUUGUUUCCAGACUGACAGGGAUGGCAGUGGUAGAUGAACCAGACGACUCUGACACUGAAUAUAAUAAUGUGCCAGGACCCAAAAAGGCUGAUAUAGUGUUCCUAAUGGAUGGAUCCAUCAACCUUGGCCUAGAAAACUUCAAGAUAGUUAGGGACUUUAUUAUGACUUUGGUUGAUUCAUUCUUCGGUGAAACAGACGACCUACGAAUUGCACUCGCACAGUAUUCCACGGAUGUGACUGAUGCCUUCUACUUCAACACCUUCAAGGACAGGGAGGAAGUUGUGGAGGCCAUUGGCAGCAUAGAAUACAAAGGUGGACGUAGAAUCAAUACUGGUGCAGCCAUUCGCCAUGUUCAGGAUAUCCAUUUCACCAGGCAGAAAGGCAGUAGGAUGGAUGAAGGCAUCCCUCAGAUCCUCAUGCUCAUCACUGGAGGUCGCUCAAGUGAUGAUGGGAAGACAGCAGCACUGGGUCUGAAAAGCAAAGGUGUGAAAGUCUUUGCUUUAGGGACUGGAGACAUUCAAGAGGAGCUGGAGAACAUGGCAAGUCGAACUUCCACCACGUUCCGAGGACAGGACUUCGAGGACUUAUCACAGCUCCUGGAGCAAAUCCUGCAGACAUUAGAUGAUGAAGUCAAGGGGGAUGGUUGUACUGAUUCCCAAACACUGGUAACAGCUUGCGAUGUUGAGGUGUUAGUCGGCUUCGAUGUGUCUGGCCAGAACAUCUUCAGAACUCAAAACAACCUUGAGAAAAAGAUGGAAGCCAUUCUGCAAAUAAUUUCAAAAAUGGCACCAAUCAGUUGCUCGGGAGGCCAGAGUCCAUCCAUCCAAAUCGGUAUGCUGGCCAUGGAUUCUGCCUCUGAGCCUGUCCAGAUCGACUUUACAGACAAUCCAAAGGAGCUGUUUGAGGCCUUCAAAGGUCUGCAGAGUCGGGGCCCCUUCGUCCUCAACGCUCAGACCAUCGUCGCCUAUAAGAACCGGUUCAGACAGGGUAGCAACAUAAAGGUAAUCAUUCAUCUGACUGACGGCCUUGAUGCUCCAUACUCUGAAGUAAAAAGACAAGUUGAAGAGCUUCGUCAGUCAGUCAACAGCUUCAUCGUGGUUGGGCUGGAACGAGCAGAACGGUUUGAGGAGGCUUUACUUUUGGAAUACGGUCGUGGCUUUAGGUACACAAGACCCCUAAGACUCAAUGUCAUGGACCUAGAGUAUGAGCUUUUUGAGGAACUGGACAACAUUGCGGAGCGUGAAUGCUGUGGCGUUCCAUGUAAAUGUACUGGGAACAGGGGAGAUCGAGGGGCAGUUGGGAUGCCAGGGAUUAAGGGUAGUCCAGGAUUCCCAGGGAGCCAAGGACAUCCUGGAGACGAGGGUGGACCAGGAGAAAGAGGUCCACCUGGUGUUAAUGGGACUCAGGGUUUCCAGGGAUGUCCUGGACAGAGAGGAGUCAAGGGCUCUCGUGGCCUCUCUGGAGAAAAGGGUGAAAUGGGAGAAAUUGGACUUGAUGGCAUUAACGGGGAAGAAGGGCUAAGUGGAAUCGCUGGGCCUCCGGGUGACAGAGGAAACCCUGGAGGGAGAGGUCCCAAAGGAGCGAAAGGAAAAACAGGCGACAUAGGUCAAAGGGGAAUCAGAGGUGACCCUGGAACGAGGGGACAGGAUAACGACACUCCAGGACCUAAGGGAGACCGUGGGGAUGCUGGCCUGCCGGGAGACCCUGGUUUAGACGGAGUGAUAGGAGAACGGGGGGAAAAUGGCAGACAGGGUCUGGAUGGUAACAGAGGCCAACCGGGAUCACCUGGACGUCCCGGGUCAGCCGGAGCAAAAGGUCUGCCAGGACAGCAGGGCAUCGCAGGAUCAAGAGGUCGAGCUGGACCAAUCGGUACUCCAGGACCUAAAGGGGAGGAUGGGAAUGCCGGUCCUAGAGGUCCUGGUGGUAUCCCGGGUCCCGCCGGAGAUACAGGAAGAAGAGGACCUCUUGGUCGCAAGGGAGAACCGGGAGAUCCAGGACCACCUGGUGAGGGCGGUUCCAUUGGACCCCAUGGAGAACCAGGUCCAGAUGGUAGCGAUGGUUUCGGUCCGAAGGGUGAGAAAGGAAGACAGGGAGGUACUGGUUUCCCAGGGAACCCCGGACCAAAGGGGGAAGCUGGAGACCCUGGAAAACUGGGUGGACCUGGAGCCCGAGGAAACCGCGGACAGAGAGGAGUAUCUGGGAAACCUGGACUGCCUGGACAGAAGGGAGAGGAUGGGUAUUCUGGACCCUACGGACCCAAAGGACCAAGAGGACCAGGUGUUGUGCAAUGUGACCUAGUCCAGAAGAUCAGAGAUAACUGCCCUUGCUGUUUUGGUAAGGAGGAAUGUCCGGUCUACCCCACGGAGCUGGCUUUCGCCCUGGAUGUCUCCCAGACUGUCGAUCGCCAAGUUUUCAACAACAUGCGAGACACUGCCGCUCUCCUUGUUAAAAACAUCACCAUCGCUGAGAGUAACUGUCCAAGAGGCGCUCGCGUUGCUCUGACACUGUACAGCAACGAGGUCAUCACUGAGGUCCGGUUUGCCGACGCAUUGAAGAAACGGUCGCUGGUGGAUCGCAUCGAGGGACUGCAAAAACCAAGAUCCAACAAGGAAGCAAGUUUGGAAACAGCCAUGACCUUUGUGGCCCAGAACACCUUCAAGAGAGUGCGCAGUGGUUUCCUUAUGAGGAAAGUGGCCGUCUUCUUUGUUGGUCACCGGGUUAGGCAGACUCAGAGAAUCACUAAUGCCGCUCUUCGCCUUCACGAUGCUGGGAUAGCUACCUUGAUCUUGGUGAACAGUGAGAACAGAGAGCUCAGCCGGGCUGUGCAGGUGAACAAUACAGCGCUGGCCCAGGUUAUAGUUCUUCCUGCCUCCGGAAGCUCUCAGUACAACUCAGCCUUCAAGAAGGUCCUGAACUGCCACGUCUGCUUCGAUUUCUGCUCUCCGGAUCAGGUCUGUGACUUUAUACCCCCAGCGACCAGCCGAGACCGGAGGUCGCUGACCUCUGAUGUGGACAUUGACAUGGCGUUCGUCAUUGACAGCUCUGAGACCACGUUCCCCUCCUUCUUCAUUGAGAUUAAACGAUACAUAGCUCACAUCGUAGAAGCUCUCCACGUGACUUCGGAUCCCAUGACAUCUGUUCAUCAUGCUAGAGUAGCUGUUGUCCAGCAAGCUCCUUAUGCGUUUCUCCGCAACAGAACUGGUCUUCCCAUCCACGUGGACUUUGGCUUGACCCAACACCGCUCUGCUCCAGACAUCGUCAGGUUCCUGCUGGAGAAGACGGAGCAGCUGGAGGGCGGCCGUGCCCUCGCCUCGGCCAUCGAGUCCACAGUGGAGCAGGUGUUUGAAAAAGCGCCGCUGCAGCGCGACAGGAAGGUGAUUGUCCUCUUUGUGACCGGCAGCGUAGCGGAGGAAGAGGAGCAGCUGGUCCGCGUUGCCAGUGAGAUCAAAUGCAGAGGAUUCUUCCUGGUGAUUUUUGGCGUGGGUAAAGCGCUGGGUCCCAGAGACGCUUACGUUCUGUCCCGCAUGGCGAGCGAACCUUCAGAUGUCUUCUUCAAACGCCUCGACCUCAUUUCUGACUUCUAUGACAAACACAUCCAGACGUUUGGGCAGCUGUUUGCAAAGUACAUCAGCUUUGAAAACCGUCCUGAACUGUCCAAGAACUGUGCGUGGGUGCAGAGUGACCAGCCCCUGAAAAGCCCCCUCCCACCAGCUCCCCAUCAGGAGAAACAACAGAAACACUAUGAAACUAACCAGGCCGUUCAUGACAAGAAGCUUCAUGCUGCAGACGAGCUGCACGUCGCCAACGUCACGUCCAGCAGCUUCAGGUUACAGUGGAGCAUCUUGGAUCCCAAACUCUUCGUCUACUUUGAAGUGGUGGUGACUCGACUGACCGACCACGCCUUGGUUGUGAAGACCAACGUCUCCGGCACGGAGAUAGCUCUGGACAACCUGGAAAGUUCUCAGACGUAUCACGCUGUGGUCACGGCAUACACAGCUGAGGGUCUCAUUGUUUCCACCCGCAAGGGCAUCGUUGAAACCAAAGCAGCCAGCCCAGGCAGCGCACCUGUAACCAGCAGACCACUGGAAAAACCUGAACCAGAACCUGAACCAGAAGCUAAACCAGAACCGGAACCUGAACGAGAACCAGAACCACAACCAGAACCAGAACCAGAACCGGUCAAUGACCUGGCAGAGCCGUGCUCACUUGACUUUGACCCCGGGCAGCCGUGCAAAGACUAUCAGGCUAAGUGGUUCUUUGACAGAAAGAACGGGUUCUGUGCAGAGUUCUGGUAUGGAGGGUGUGGAGGCAAUGAGAAUAGGUUCGACACAGAAGCCCUUUGCUUAGAAAACUGCAUGAAGUCAGCCCUGGAGCCUCAGCCAGAGGAGCAGAAAGCUGAACAGAUGGAGGUUCUUCCAGCUCCUGGUGAGAACCUGACUCCUCAGAGUUCACUUCAGGAACAGCAAUAAGAGAAAACAUGUUAGCAU